CUCGACGGGGUGGCGCGAAUUGUCUCUAGAGUCUAUACAAAUAAGCGCUCAAUUGUCUCAUCAGUAGAUUGAUUACUCUUAAACGGUACUCAGUGACACACUGUACCGUAUAUCGAUGACGUCAUGUUAUGCAGCUGACUCAGCAGGCACAAUCCUUCCCAAAGCAGUCAGCACAAACACUCUCCACUUUGGCUUCUCUCGUCCGUCUCUGAGGCUUGACGCUUGACUCUUCCCUCUCCAUUACUUCACGGCAUGCAGGCAUCUGGAAUUUGGGGGACGGAGUAGAGUCUUUCCCAUUCUUUCGUCUUCUCCUCUCCGGUCUGGUCAGACCGCCGAUUUUGCUGGAACAGGUGUCUUCCUGUCUGCAGUUCUGCGUUCUGCAGCAACGCAUCUCACAAUGUCUACCAACUCGCAAAGCCAGACAAACCGUCCCUUGGCCCGUCAGACGCGGACAAACCCAUCUCGCACCUCCAAAACGCUUGGCCGCUCAUCUUUCGCAUACGCACACCAUGGAGCCUCCCUCGACGCAGCUCCCGCGACACCCCCCGUGCCGCACGGCUUCUACCCGGCCCUCACCCACUUCACCGACGCGAUCACAGCCCUCCCGCGUGAAUUUCGCAGGCACAAUUCGUUGCUGAAAGAGGUCGAUGCCAAAGCUUGGGCCCUCGAGGAUAACCUGCUGCAGUUGCUGCAGGUGGCUUCGGAUGCAGAGGUGGUGCCCUGCCCGGUCAACCCGGCGCCGAUUCUGGGGGGGGUGGUUCGUGAGGAUAUGAUGAAGGACUCCCACUCUGAGUCCCAAGAAAGCAAGAACCGUCGUCUCCUCUUCGACCGAGUGCGCCAUACCCUGUCGGACCUGAUGAUGACUGCAGACGAAAAGAACCACGUCGUGACGAAUGCAAACGAGGAACUUGAUCGCCAAUUGAUGCGCAUAGACAGCAUAUUCCCCUACAUUGCCGGCGAGGUCAGCGACGAGGCGCGUCUGGGCAGCCUGACGCACUGGGCGUACUCGAACAAGAACACAGCCAAGACAACCACAAACGAGCGCCCCCGCCGCGAAGCCGCAUCCAACAAGGACCUGGCUCAUGCCCUGCACGAGGCAGAGGCUGCGACACGCAGUGAGGCUCGCCGCGAGGCCGUCCAGGCGCGCAAGCAGCGCCGCACACACGCCGUCGAUUCCGACUUUGACGACGCGCGUCCCGCGACGUCUCGCAAGGGUGCAGCGACCAAAUCUCGCACUGGUGCUAAUGCUACAGCUGCGACGGACCAUCAUGCGGGCGAUCAUCAUGCGGGCCACCAUGCAGCUGGCGCGGGGGCGACGGGCGCAACAAAACGCCGCAAGGUCGAACGACCGCCUCUGGUGGAUACAGGAGCAGCAGCCAUGGAGCGCACGGUUAGCGGGCCAGGCACCGCUUCUGGUCGCCCUGCGUCAAAGGAUGCGGAUGCGACGAAGAAACGGGCCCGUCCGGCUGCAGGCGCCUCACGCAAGAGGAACGCUCCUAUUGCUGAAUCCCCCGUGCUCGCAUCGUCUCCUGUCGUCGGAACGUUCAACAUCCCUCGCGGCGCCGCCAGCCCAGGACCCAAUACCGUCGCUCGCCCGUCGUCCUCGCGUGCACAGCAGAGCAACCUGAUCACUAACCCUCGACAACGGCCAUCUCCUUCUGCAUCCAACCGGGGACUUCCAAAUAAAAACGACAACAAAGCAACAAGCAAGGAAGGAUCGCUCAAGGAAGAUACGGCGCCCGUCUCCCUGGCAGACACCCCCCGGGGCGAUCUGAGCGAUGAAACCGCCGGUGUGACUUCAGCUACGGCCAGGGUCUCCGGUUUUGUAGCCAAGAUGGAAGAUUACCCGGGAGAUGGAAACCCAUCCGAAUCGAUCGAGACGGGCGAGCCGCCCCAGCCGUACCCGGGUUCUCCAAUCCUGCACACCGCUCUGCCUACAGCCGCCAAUGGCAAUAUCAAUGGAAAUGGCAAUGGCAAUGGAGGCGGCACAUCCAAGGGUCGAUCGUCCAAGACGUCCACACCGGUACUUGGCUCGCUACCUGAACUGCCUGCCCCUCGUGUUCGGCAGACGCGACAGGCCGACCCUGCCCCGACGGCGGCGGCGGCGACGACGACGACGAAACGCAAUCACAAACGAACGGGUAGCACGGUUGUGCCGCCCCCGGUGGCCUCUGAAGACGAGGAGUCGCUGCACGAGGGAGACGACGAGGACGACGACGGCGAGCCGCGGUACUGCUAUUGCAACGAGGUCAGUUUCGGCGAGAUGGUCGCCUGCGACAAUGACGCCUGUCCGCGCGAGUGGUUCCAUCUGUCGUGUGUGGGGAUGACCAAACCGCCCGGCAAGAAUGGUAAGUCUCUUCAUUCAUUCAGUCUGUUCAUUGAUCAUUGAUAUACUGACUGUUUCUGUUUAGUGAAAUGGUAUUGCAACGAGUGCAAGGAGAACAUGCGACGGAGGAAUAGAUAGUUCUCAACGUAGAUAUGAAAUGAUUAUGCCUUCUUUUCUUUUCUUUUUUUUUUUUUUUAUACUGACUGUUUCUGUUUAUUUCUUUUCUUUUUUUUUUUUUUUUUUUUUUUU